AUGCAGGAGUUGCAUGCUGUGCAGUCGGAAGGGCGACUGCAGCGGAGCGCAUGGGAAUCGCAGAAUUCUGCAUUGCAUUCACAAGUUUCGGGUCUUCGAGAAGCCAUUUGUCAGCGGGAAGUGCGCAUUCGCGAGUUGGAGGAGCAGGUAGAGGUAGAGCAGGCAGAGUUACGUAAUGUGAAGCAACAGGUUUUGGAGGAAGCUGGGGCAAAACGCCAUCAUGAGGCUCGCUGCUUGGCCGAAGCGGCCGAGGCCCGAGCCGCCCUCCUGCAAGCUGAAUCGCAUGCAACGCAGAAGGGACAACUCUGGGAGCAGCACCGCUCGCUAGAGGUAGCAGAGGUGCAACUCUAUCACAAGUUGGAGAUGUGCGAAGAUGCCACCGCAAAGAGCAGAACCAAGCACCAACACCUGCAAGCAGAGUCGCGCGUGCUGAGUCUGGAAUGUGAGGAGCUCAAUACGAAAUGGUUGGGUGCUACAGAGACCAUUGGAUGCCUGGAACUGGACACACAAAAGCUCGAGUCCCAAGCUGAGAGAUUUCGCAGUAUCGAGCGGGAGAAGGCAGAAGCCGAUGCUCAAGGACGCCUCGUGAGAUCGCAGCUGUGGCGAUUGGAGAGAGAGGAGUCGACUUGCAAACAAGCGCUGGCAGCAUCGCGUGCAGCCAGUUCUCGCCAUGAGCAGCAAUUGUGUGAGCAAGAGGAAGAUCUUGGCCACAUGCGACUGGAACAAGAUAGCGCUCAAAUCCGGCAGAGAGCAUUGGAGUCGCAAAAUGAGGCUCUGCAAUCUUGGUGUUCUUCCUUGCAAGAACAGAACUUGCAGUUGGAAAGUGUGCGGACAGAAGAAGCAGAGAUGCACUGGCUCUCAGAGUACAGGGAAACAGAUUUGCUGCGACAACGCUUGCUUGUAGCAAACGAGUCGCAAGCAGAUGCUUUUGGUCGGGAAGCAACUUUAUGUGAAGAAGUCAACUGCCUCAGAGAAGCCAAUGCAGCCUUUGAGAACACCAUGGGUGAGAUCAAAUGUCGCCACCAGCAGCUGCAAGCGGAGUCAGAAAGCCGCCAGUCAGAAUGCGAAGAACUCACUGCAAGCUGGCUGUCUGCUCGUGAGGAGGUUGACUCCAUGCGGCUGGCAAUGCAGCAGCUGAAGGCCCAAAUCAGGAAUGCACAGGAGAAGAACGAACAACUGGUGGUUGAUUGCAAAGCCUUCAAGAAAGAGUGUGCCGAAAAUCAGGAGCAGAGUGCCAGGUUGCAGCUGCAUGUGCGUCAAUGUCGCAUGCAUUUAGCGGCGCUUCAGCAAGAGGCCGUGAUGGAAGGGUCGCAUUUCUUGCCCCCAGCCAGCCAAGUGCAGAGGAGCAUAUGGGAUUCGCGGAAUGCCGGACUACGUUCACAAGUUCCGGGUAAGGGUGUUUCAAGUGAUGCUCCACGAGCCGUGCAAGCCUAUGAGUUCCAGGACCAGCUGCAGACAGACAAGGAAUUGUCGCAAGGAAUGUUUUCAUCCUCAGCCGAGCCGGAGUGCGCAUUGCUGCUGCCUGCGCUGGCCUGGCAACAGAACAAGGGCGAGGGGGCUCACGACGCCUCACUGCAACCGCAUGUGGAAGAGCAGUUGCACCGGCUUUCCCACCAGUCCAUCUCGAACCCAGAUACUGCGUGGGGUGCAGAUGCCAAGUGGAGGCCGCCGGCCGGCGGCCACACCACAAAUGGAUCAACGAGGUCAGCCUCCGCUGGUGUUUGCCGCUGUCGUCUGCUGCUGCGAAAUGCUUGCCUCGUCAUUUGGCGACAUUGGGCGGAGGACAGGAAGUAUGCGCAAUGCCAGGCAAUUACCUAUCACCUGGAAAGACGGUGGCCCUUGGCCUUGGCCUUCUCUGUCUGGGCAAGGUCGAGCGAGACUGCGACAUUUCGCAUUCGCCAUGGGCUGCAUCUUUUUUGUGCUGCAGUGCUGAGUGCACAGCGACGAUGUUUGCUCCAGGCAACUCGCUGCUGGCUGGGAAGUUCAAACGACACCGUGCUUGUCACCCUCACAGACGCAGCCUCUGUGCAAAGUGACAGAAUGUACAAGCGAAGACGUAGUGUGGUCGAUCGAUUUGUGGUGGGACACCUUCCAGCACGCCGCAGAGUGCUGCAGCUUGCCUUGCGUGCUUGGCGAGAUGCAUCUUGCACUUGUCAGACCUGUGGGCAUCAAACUGAAAGGCGGCCAUCGGCUCUACAGUCGAAGGCUGGCAGCCCAAUACAUGUCGACGAAACCCGGCAAGGAGUCCGCGAAAGCAAGCCAAAGACAAAAGCUUCAAUUCCAACCAUUCUGUUAUUGCAGACAAUUUCUGCUUGGCGAGGAGUCGUUCGAGCUCGGAGGGCCAGAAACAAGUCGUGA